CUUACAUACAGGACAGACAGCUUAUUAUUAGCUUUCCAAGCUUAAGUUAAUUUUUCAACCGGUUUUCAAAACUCUAAAGGACACACCACACACCCUACCCUCUCUCUCCUCUGCCGCAACCUCUCAAACCCAACCCAGCCCCCCCCCUCCCACACCCGCGCGCCUCACAACACUAAAACUAGAAAUGACCUCCCCCUUCCACGCGACCGAGCGCGUCCCCCCGCCAAGCACCGCGGCGCUGGUCAUCGCUGCUGCCAUCCUGGCGGGUGUCACGGGCUUUUUUAUUGGGCAGGGGGCGUCGUUGGGGGUUUUUGGGGCGGGGUCGAGGGGGCAAGGGGGUGGGAAGGGGAAGGAGAGGAAGAGUUGGCCGAAUAGUUAUGAUGUGAAGGUGCAUGGGGAGUCGGAGGAGGAGGAGGAGGAGGAGGGGGAUGAGGAGAGUGAAGAGGAGGGGGGAGGGGGUGAGAUCGCUGCGUUCGAGGGGAAUACGGAGGAGGUUAAGCUUGUGCUUGUUGUGCGGACGGAUUUGGGGAUGGGGAAGGGCAAAAUCGCCGCCCAAUGCUCCCACGCAACCCUCGCCUGCUACAAACACUACCUCACCCGCGCGCCGGACUCGCCCAUUCUCAAACGCUGGGAGCGCCGUGGACAGGCUAAAGUGGCGCUGCAGGUGAAGAGCGAGGAGGAGCUGUUGGUGUUGCAGGCGCAGGCUGUCAGUUUGGGGCUGUGUGCGCAGGUUAUUCAGGACGCGGGCCGAACGCAGAUUGCCAGUGGGAGUCGGACUGUGUUGGGCAUCUUGGGGCCGAGAGGGGUUGUGGAUGGGGUUACGGGGGGGUUGAAGUUGUUGUAGGGUUUUCUGUGUUGUUUUUGUGAUUUUUUUAUUUUUUUUUUAUACCCGUGACAGAAUACUUGCUACUUUGUUAGAGAUUGUUUAUGGCUUGGGGUAUGGUACAUUGGAGUUUUUCUCUUUGGGAUUUUUUCCAUGAUAAUUAUGGGGUUUCUUUUAUUUAUAGAUAUGGGUUACUUGCAGCUAUGGACAUGACUGAAAUAGAGUAUGGCAUGGAGGGGCCGAUAGUGGCCAAAAAUCUCUUCAAGCUUCGUGGAAUAUCCUAAGAGCAUUUUGGAUCAUUCUCAUUCUCUCCUCAUCCCCCUCCAAACCAGAUGUCCCCAGUUAUCCAAGCGAAAAGUAAACGGCCGAAUUGAAUAAUUAUAUAUGUUGGCAAGUCAUGGUUUUUCCCUAACCUCAUCAGCCGACGGCCAAAAGAAAUCGGUAAA